AUGGCUGACCAAGCACUCGAUCAGAUACGAGACAUCGUCGAUGGCCAAAUUGACUUCGAAGGCCAGAAGCUUGCUGAGCUCCUCGCGACAGUUCUCCUCGUCGUUUCUGGUCUGAUCUCGUUCGUCGUCGGUUACAUCCUACAAGAUAUCAAGCUCGCUGUCUACCUAGGUCUCGGAGGUACCGCGUUGACCUUCCUCGUUGUGGUACCGGCGUGGCCCUUUUACAAGAAACAUCCCGUCAAGUGGUUGCCGGCGGGUUACGCAUACGAUCUUGCAAGCAAGGGAAAUCAAUAA